AUGUAUCGCGUAGGGUUUAGGAAUUUACAUGUAGGGGUCAGCCCUAUAACAUCCGUUGCCAUACGAAGCCGUUUUGUUCCAUUGUCAUUCACUAGAUUCAAAUCAAAUCUACCCCAGUCAAACUCAUCAAGUAAUAAGAACAAUGUAAACAAGAAUGGUGCACACGUACCUGCCAAUCCCACUGCUGGGAAACAGUUACCAUCCAAAAGUGAAUGGGAAAAUUUAAAACUUCAUAUACCGGGUGAACAAACACAAACCAAUACCGUCAAGGAUCGUGUACCAAAAUUCCCUCUUGGUAAAGAAAAUGUACCCACGUUGUUGCCUCGACCUGGUGUACCCCAGGUAGGGAAACAUUAUACUUUCAAACAAGUUAUUAAAAUCCUACAGAACAAGAAACAACCGGAACUUAUUUAUGAAAGUGAACCCCAUCGAUUAUACUUUUUAAUGUGUUUUUGUUUAUCAAUCAUGUUUACCAUUUAUGCAUGUGUUUUAUUUGAAUGGGCAUUUUGGAUAUCACGUAAAGAAUACGAUGAGAAUGAAAAGGAGGAGACUAAUGAGGCUUUAAGGAAUAGGGAUUGGGCUCUUUCAUUGGCAAUGUAUUUAAUUCCAUCCAUUACCAUGUUUAUUGCUGCUGCUGGCGCUGCUGUAUUCCCUACUAAAUUAGUAAGAAGAAUGUGGUAUUUACCGGGUCCCAAAGAAUAUAUCAAAUUUACCUCGCAUCCGUUGAUUCCUGGUAGACCAACUCCAGUGUAUACGGUACCAUUGGAGAACUUGAGUCGUCGUAAAACUGCUCGUGUUUGGACGGGUAAAGGUUUCUAUGGAACUUCAGACAAGGGGUUUUUCUUUUUUGUAUUACGAGAAAAGAUUUCUCCGUUGAAGCUGAAGAGUUGGAUUAUUGAUAGAAAGGGAUUUUUCUGGUCUGAUGGUCGAGUAUUUGAUUAUUUGUUUGGUAAGGAAUCAAUUCAAGAAGCAGAAGCUGGUGUGCCUUACGAUGAACAAGUUGGUAUAAUCAAUCGUGAAGUGAAGAAGAAGAAGGAGAAAUUGAGACAACAACAUGGUUUGUUAUGGAGAUAUAAGUUGAUGUUGGGUGAAAUGAAGCUGGAUGUGGGUAAAGUCGGUGGGUUCUUGAGCGGGGGUAACAAAACAAAUACCACUGAACGUAAGCAAUUGCCUAAGAAAUGA